UGACAGAAACAUCGCGGUGAGGUCAUUUAAAUUUGGGAGCGCACGGCGAGGACAGGAGCCCGCUGUGAAUUCAAUAGCUUGUUGUAAGGACAGGGGCAAGAAAAAAUCCAAGAAUUUAAAGAUAUUGUAAAUAACUAACAAGAACAGCCGUCCGACAGACCAACAGCGAAAACGGGAUUUUGACAUGCACUGGCCGAAAUCGCCGAAGGAGAAGCCGUGUUACUCCUUGCCCACUGUGAAGAAGCUCCUGGAGCAGAAGCGAAAGCGAGACACUUCAUCUGCAUCUUCCUCCUCCUCCUCUUCGGCAGAGACCGGCGCGGGUGCCUCAGCUCUCCCGGUGUCAACACCACCCCAAGCUACUGUAACAGACGCCUCCGGCAGCUAUUCCAACACCAUGGGCGCGAUGGCACCCCUGCCGCCUUCGGGGUACAGCAGAUGGAGCGUGGCCGGCUCCCAUCAGCCCCUGCAGCAGGACUGCCCCUUUUCCCCCAUGGCGACGAGCUACUUCCCCCUGUCCGGCGCGCAGGACUACAACUCCCAGGGCCAAGCCUACAGCCCGGCCCUCACCUCCAGCUUCCCCACGCAGCCCGCACAGGACUACAGCGGCGCCAUGAGCAUCCACGCCUACCCGGGCGGAGCGGUGACGUCGUCCCUGCCGGACGCGGUGCACUCGCCUGCCCUGCAGCCGCCCGCUUACUCCUGGGCCCUGGCGAGCGGCCUCCAGGCCCAGGCCAACCCCGGCGCGGCGGGACACUUGAACCUGGAGACCCUGGACGAGGCCAGGAUGUUCCUGCGGGGAAUGGACAACAGCAAGAAGACCUGGCAGGACGAGGACGGGGACACGAUCCUGCACAUCUACACCGCCAAGGGGCUGCGGGAGUACGCCCUAGCGGCUGCAGAGAACCUCCAAGCACUGGGGAGGCUGGAUUCCAAGGAGCACAAGGGGAAGACUGCCUUGCUAGUUGCCGUGACAGCCAACCAGUCAGAAAUUGUCCAUGACCUCCUUUCGUUGGGCGCGGACAUCAACGCCUGCGAUGUCAAAGGGCAGACAGCUCUGCACCUGGCUGCUACGUACGGAUUCCCCAGAGUGAUGCAGACCGUUCUGUCGUUUGGGCCUGUGGAUCUGGAGGCUCGUAAUUUUGAAGGGCAGACUCCUCUACACUGCGCGGCCAUCUCCCACAGCGGCACGGUGAAGGCACUGGGCUCCGCGCCACCCGCCAUGGGGGACCCCGUCAUGCAGGCCCAGGCCGAAGACAAGCUCUCCUGCCUGCAGCUGCUCAUCAGCUGUGGGGCCUCUCUGCUCAGCCAGGACAUCAAGAGCAAUAAGACUGUCCUACACCUGGCAGUGAAGGAGGGGAACAUCCAGCUGGUGCAUUACCUGCUGAGACUGACCCUGACAGACAUGCAAGCCUUUGUUAACAUGAAGGCACACGGCAACACUGCGCUGCACAUGGCGGCGGGCCUCCACAGCAGCUGCUGCCAGGAGGAGAUGGUCCGCCUGCUCCUGAGCCGCGGGGCGGACCCGAGCGUCCGCAACCUGGAGAACGACCAGCCGGCGCACCUGCUGCAGAGCGGGGAGAGGGGAGAGCAGCUCAAACUCAUCCUGAAAAAGCGACCUGCUUCCUCUCGUAGACGUAUUACAUCCUUACAGGACCAAGAGUGACUUGGACUACUUUCUAGUCCCAGCGUAUCCCUCCACCUCCACGGGGAGGGACAUCCACCGUAUCUUCUUAUGAGGAAGUGGCCAUAGAAAAGCACCUCUAAUUUAUUCUAGAGCAGAUUAUUUCACGCUGUCUAAUCGAUCGCACGUUUUACCCGUGGAUUACGUUUUCUUUUGUGGGGGAACAUCCUAUAAUUUAUUACCAUUCCUUUUUUGGAAUCAAAGCAAAUUUGUUUUGUAUUGUUGUUUUUGUACUUUCAGUCAGUUGGACAUGUGCACAGUUCUGUGAUGGAUGAAUAUAUCCGCUGUCCAAGCCCAUUGGUGCAUAAGGCCCAGUGGCUCCCGCCUUGGCCAAUAAGACUGCAGUUAGUUGCACGUGGGCAUCCAGCAUUUCAGUGGGCAGGCUCAUACUGUAUCCUAGAGGGCUGUAGUGUCUGCAGAGUUUCGUCAUUUCCCAUAAGUCAGCAGGGCGCACACCGGAGAACAAGGUGUGCGGACUCUGAGCCAAUCAGAGACUUAAGGUUAAUGGCGUAAGUGUGGAAACACCCCAGAAACAGGCAGACACUGUUGACCUCUGAUAGCAGACACUGUGGACCUAUAUAUAUAUAUAUAUAUAUAUAUAUAUAUAUAUAUAGAUUAGCCAGCUUUAAAAGCACUAGAGACAUGCAUGAGGCUGCCUUUCACCAGAAUCUCACCAUUUUGGUCAUCGUUUGUCUGUUUUGUGUCGCUGUGCGAUUGACAAGUGCAGGACUACUGAAGGAUAUGAAACAUCUUUAGAGAUUUUGUUUCUAAAAAACAGGGUCUAUUCACAGGCUCUAUAUACACCACAUAAUCUAAAAGAUUUUGGUGGUAUGCAAUAUGGAGAUCCUGGGGUUUAUAUCAUUAACUAGAAAAGAUUUUAUUACCCAUACUGGGCAAUACUCAUGCUGAUACUCAUGCUCAUGCCGAACUGCAACCAGGUUUCCACACAGAUGGAAGAAAGCAGACAAGCACAAGAGGUUAAAAUUAUACAAGUUGAAGACAAAUUCUGUGUAACGAAAUAUUUCAACGUGCUUGCUCUGUUAGUAAGCAGCAAGCAUGAGCUACUGAGUCCAUAGAUUUUGGCAAAAAUGAUCAAUUAAAAAUAACUAAAAAAUGAGGCUCAUAAGGUUGGGCACCUUAGUGUGCGUGACAUGUAAACCCGGUUAGCAGCAUCAGCGGUUCAGCUAACGCAGUGCCUCUGGCACGUGGGCGUUGCAUCACCUUCCCAGCCUCAGAGAAGUGCACUGGACGUGAUUAAAGCUAAACGAGGGGCUGACGUUUCGGUCCAGUGUCCGUUUCCCCACAUUCACUCUCUCUCUCUCUCCCUCUCUCUCUCUCUCUCCCUCUCUCUCUCUCUCUCUCUCUC